GGCAGGGGUGGACUGACCAUUUGGAAACUCGGGCACUGCCCGAGGGCCCGGGGUCAGUAGGGGGCCCCUUGAGAUGCCCCUGGUACCUUUUUCAUAGGCUUUUUUGAUGUGGGCAAGCACACAGGGGCCCCAUGAUCCCCUAUUGCCCGGGGGCCCCAUGAGUUGUCAGUCCACCCCUGGGCGGACUGACCAUUUGGAAACUUGGGCACUGCCUGAGGGCCUGGGCUCAGUAGGGGGCCCCAUGAGAUGCCCCUGGUACCUUUUUCAUAGGCUUUUUUGAGUUUGGGCAAGGACACAGGGGUCCCAUGAUCCCCUAUUGCCCGGGGGCCCCAU